AAUCAAUCUUUGAUUCAAACCCAAUGUCAUUUCUCGGUCGCUUCUCUCGAACACAGCUCAUCAUUGGAGGGUUGGUGACCUACGCCACUGGAGUUUCCGCAGCGCUUACAUUCUUCCCAUCGACUACUUCUACUACAACUAGGACUAGUACGACUGAUUCCGACCAGUCUGAUCGGUUCCCUACAGAGUCGGCGCGUCAGUCUACGUUUGAUUCGCUUGCACCGGAAUAUGAUCGGGAAGUGAAGAUUCAUGAAUAUCUCUUGGGGAUCCAACGUCGACGGAAACGACUUUUGAAGGAGGCCAAGGGACGAGUCUUGGAGAUUGCAUCGGGAACAGGGAGGAAUGUGGAUUAUUACCGAGCAGGAUGUUGUGAAGAGAUUGUGUUUUCGGAUUUUUCAGAGGGGAUGAUGGAGGUGUUGAAGAAGAAGGUGGAGCAGAGUGAUUUAGGAAGACGUUACGAUUAUCAGCAGAGGAGGAAACUGCAGCUGGAGUUGGAAGAGGAAAAAGAGAAGAAGAAGAAGAAGACGAAGCUGAUAGCACACUCAGAGGAUAUGCAGCAACAACGAGAAGGAGAAGGAGAAGGAGAAGGAGAAGGAGAAGGAGGUGAUAAACUAUCGUUGCCUUCAUCAUCAAUAUCGUCCUCAUUAUCAUCAUCAUCACCAUCAUCAUCAUCAUCAUCAUCAUCAUCAUCAGAAAAGAAGAUUGUAGAGACAGAGAUUCGAUUCAAAACGAUGAAUGCAGCGGCGAUCCCAUAUCCAGAUGCGAGCUUCGAUACAGUUGUGGAUACAUUUGGACUGUGUAGUUUUGAAGAUCCUGUGAAGGUCCUGAAGGAGAUGAAGCGAGUGUUGAAACCGGGAGGACGGAUCUUGAUGUUAGAGCAUGGGAAUAGUAGUUGGAGAUUUAUGAAGGAAAUGCAGGCCAAGCAGUUGGAUCGUCAUGUACAAAAGUACGGAUGUUAUUGGAACCGAGAGAUUGAGGAGUUGAUCGUUCAAGAGGCCGGGCUAGAGAUUGUGGAGAAGGAACGGUCGCAAUUAGGAACUGUGUAUUAUAUUAUUGCAGAGUAGAAAUGGGGGAUAGUGGAAGUACGAGAGAAGUGAUGGUGGUCCGUAGUAGGUGGGAGAGAAAGAUUUAUUACUACUAUUGUUAUUAUUAUUAUUAUUUAUUAUCAUUAUUACUAUCAUCUUUUAAUCGUUUAAUCACAUAGAAAAAUAUAUAUAUAUAUUUUAGAUAUCGAUUAGGGUACUCAUUUUUGUUACAAAAGCUCAACGUUAUUGUUAUAAUUAAAUGAAUUGAGCUAUCCAGGG